AUGUUUCUUUUUCUUGCCUUUCAACGGCAACAAUUGCUAAUAAGGCGCCAUUGCCGCAGCAACCGUGUAUUUCUCAGAUGGUUUAUGUUGGGCCUAGCCGUUAUUGACGCCAUUGUUCAACUUGAGCUUUGCUUUUGGGAACUCUUCGUUUCUUCAAAUUCCUUUGUUUCUCUUUGCUUGAACGCCUCGCUCACCAGUGAGAGUCCGAAAAUUUCUUUCUGGAAGAACAAAUUGGUGAUGGAGUUGUCGGAAUCAGACUGGGCGUGGCUUUCUGAAGGUAUUCUUGACGGAAUUCUAGACUCUAUAGUGUCUUUCUAUGACUACGCCAGAUUCAGUGCGGUUUGCAAACACUGGUACUCUGUUGCACGGCAUCGGAGACGACAGCUUAUGGAAUUGUGGAGCGUACAACUUCCCUUGUUGAUGUUCCCUUCCGCGGAAGGUCGCGAAAAUCAGCAAAGUCUAUACAAUGUCAUUACUGGUAAAACCCAUGAUUUUAAGUUGAAUUACAACCGAAGGUGCUGUGGAUAUUCUCAUGGAUGGUUGGCUACUCUUGGUAAGGAUAUGCUUAUAACUCUUCGAAACCCUUUCUUGAAUCAGAUUAUAACCUUACCCCCAAUUUUUCUGAAAGUCAAUUUAUCCGAUGAUGAUCCUUAUAGCAAUGAAUAUCGAAUCUAUAAAGUGGUAAUGUCUCAUAACCCUUAUCUGUAUCCUGACAAGUAUGAAGUUGUGGCGAUCUAUGAUGGUUGUUUGGCUAUAUUGAAACCCGGAAGCCAAUCCUGGGCUUACCUAGAUAAUGAGCACACCUUAUUCACCUGCUCUGUAGAUAUUAUUUAUUACGAGGAUAUGCUCCUAGUAAUAAAUGAUUAUGAGCUCAUGUCAAUCAAUGCUAAUGGUAGUCGACCACAAAUGGAAAGAAUCGCAUGGAACGAUAAUGAGUAUGGCCACCUUCCUGGCAUGCGCACGAAUUAUCUUGUGAAAUCAUCUGGAGGAGAUCUGUUGUACAUUUGUAGAUAUAUAGACUGGGAUAAUGCUAUGACUCUGACUUUUAAGAUUUUUACCCCCACCAAUAAAGCUAAAAUUAAUAAGCUAUAUUGGCGUGAGAUUAAGAGUCUGGGUGAUGAUGCAUUAUUUUUGGGAGAUAGUCACUCAUUGUGCGUAAAGGCAUCUAACUUUCCUGGUUGCAAACCAAACACCAUGUACUUUGCUCCCCAUUCUUGGGAUAUUUCGUGCUACAGAGGGCUUCAUGAUAUGGGUGUUUUCAACUUGGAGAAUGGGAGCAUCACGCCUUAUUAUCAUUGUGAUCAAUCUCAAAGAUAUUUUCCUCCUCCUUUUUGGGUAGUACCAACACUUGGAGAUAAUAUACAUGUGCAACUAACAACUCCCCUUGCAAUUGGAGAUGAAUAG